GUUCUUGUGCCUCGUCACUAUAAAUGUCUAAUAAAUGACUUCUCUAUUAUUUCUCUCUAGGACCUAGAGAUAUUUGGUGUAUAUAUUUAUUUUUUAUAUUUUCGACAAUUAUUCUGAGAUUCCUUCUCGAAAGCAAAGAAAUUUAAUGAUUAAUGAAACUACAAAAAUUUUUCUUCUUACUUAUAUUUCCUUUUUACAGUUAACAUUCAUUUCAUGGAACACUAACUCGCAUGAAACGAAAUUUUAGUAACAGGUUAAAAUGUAUUAGAACUGCUAUCAAUUUUGUUCAUUCUUGUUGUAAUGGUAACAUAAUGCUUACUCAUCUGUGAUAAUGGGGGGUUGUUUUGGUACACAACAAAGCAGACCUUCCUCUGGUAUUGAAUCUCUGGACGGUACAAGUUUACAUCAAACAAUUACUAUUGGAAAAAAUCAACCUCUAAAGCAUGAGAAGCCCAAAUGGAAAAGUGAUGUGCCUUUAACUGGUGGUCAGCUUCAUAGUAAAAGGGAUGAAUUUUGGGAUACUGCUCCUGCUUUUGAAGGACGAAAAGAAAUAUGGGAUGCACUAAAAGCUGCUGCUUAUGCUGCUGAAACUAAUGAUUUUGCUCUUGCUCAGGCAAUAAUUGAUGGUGCCAAUAUAUCUCUCCCAACAGGAACUUUAAUGGACUGUUAUGAUGAAUUGGGAAAUCGGUAUCAGCUACCUGUUUAUUGCCUGAGUGUACCAAUAAAUUUAGUUGAAGAAACCAAUGAAUCUGAAUCUCCUGCAGCUGAAAGUGAGCCCUGGAGUGAAAGUGGGGAAGAAAUAACUUUAAAAUUUAGGCUCUCUACAUCUGGUAAAGAUACAAAAGUAGCAGUUCGUACUGGAGAAACAGUCUUAGCUGGUAAGAAACGUUUACAAAAUAUUGAAGCUGUUGAUCCUGCAAGACAACGUUGGUAUUUUGGGGGAAGACUAUUACAUGAUAAAAUGAAAAUUGAGGAGGCCAAAUUGCAAAGUGGUUUUGUUGUUCAAGUUGUUUUAACUCCUUUUGACAUUUCUAGUGAUAACCAAAAGCUAUAAAAAAGCACCUCAGUGAGUGAUAAGGUGACCUUAAAGUGAUAGCAAGAUCAUAUGUAUUGGAAAGCUUAUUGCUUUUGUUCUGUAUGAAAUGGCCAAAUUCUAUCUUGUAUUUUUUAUCAAAUUACUUAUUGUUCACUAUGCAUAUUAAACACCAAGUGUGCUUUUUAAUUUGCAUAAAGGGAAAUUUGUUGACAUUAUGUUUGUUAGUUUUUACAAAGUGAAUGAAUUAAUUGUUUUUUUAAUCUUAAAAAUCUCAUGUAAUAUAGUUUUUCAAUUUUAUGUUGCAUUCAGGAUUUUUAAAUAAAAAAUCUUUUGCUAAGGAGUGAUUAUUUAACUAAGCAAAUAAAAUAAUAUUUUUUAACUUCAUUGUAUUCUCUUUAUGCAAAUUUUAUACUUGCAGAAUUUCUUAAUCUGUAACUUAUAAAAGUAUUUUCUCUUAAAAUAUUUACUUUGCAAUUUGUGUACAAUUUAUACUAUGCUGUUUAUUAGUUCCAAAGUACAUAUUUGGUCUUUUACUGGUUAUUUAAUUUGUUGGCCAAUUAGUAUUAAUGCAUUUUAUUAAUAUAACUUAAAUAUUAAUACACAUAAUAUUCACCUUGGAAAUGUUUAACUGCUCAAAAGCUGCCAUUGUUAUGUACCACAUUUGCUUCUAGAAUAACAAUUUGUCUAAAAAUAUGCUAAAAAAAAUGACUGUUACUUUUUAAUAUCAGUUUUUCCUUUUUGUGUGUGUCUUCUUUUUUUCUUUUUUUUUUAAAGAAAAUUUUUUAAUAAAUUAUUAUUAUUGCUUUCUUUUUUAUAUGUUAUAACUCUUGUCACAUAUUUAUCAUUGCUUAUUUUACUAUUUAGUUCAAACGAAACUAAUUAUCACAAAAAAUAUGAUCUCAUUUAAUGGAACAUUUUGGUAUGAGAUUUAAAAUAUCUUUAAAAUUACUCAAUUAUUUGGAAGGAAAAUUUAUUUCUUUAUUCAGAAAAUGAACAAACGUUAAAGAUCUGUUUUGUAAAUCAUUUUCUUCCUUCUCAAAAUUUUUGUCUUCAUAUUUAAAAAGUAUAUCACUGCAAAUUUCUAACUUCUUUUUGGAAUUGGAGACAAUAUUCAUAUUCAGUGGAAUGGUAGAAAAGUUGUCGGAAUCUAUUCUAUAGUGAAUAUAUCACUUGGAAAUAUCUCUGAAGAUCAAGUAAAAGAUAUCUCUUACUAGAUUAUUUUAAAGUUAUUUAUAGUUAUAAUUAUUUUUUUUUCCUUAACAAUCAAGUUAAUGAAGGUUCUUAGACAAUUUCUUGACUUAAAAACCUAACACUAAAUGCUUCUAUUAACAUUCUUUAUAAACUAAUGUUUAUACAGUGUAAUGAGUAAUUUUUCAUUAUUAAUUUCUAAUUAAUAAGGCUAAAAAAAAUUACACCACAUGAAAUUAGUAAAUAAGAAAUACAAUAAAGCAUUAAGUUUCAGCAUAUUUUAAAACAAACAACUUUUAGAGAAACCAUGCUAUUGAAGUCCAUUUGAAUGAAAAAAAAGGUUAAAAAUUAAUGUAUUAUUAUUCAAAAGACCUUGAGUUUAAAGAAAAAUAUAACAAUACUAAAGAAUGUGGUUUAUACCUAGGUUAUACAAUCACAUUAAAAUUGUAGAUUUAGAUAUUGAAAAUAUAGUCCCCGAAACUAAUAAUUAAAGCUAUACAAAUACAUUAUGAAGUUCCUUUUUGGGACGUGUAAUUAAUAGAAGCAUCUAUUUAACAAACAAAAUAAACAAAACUUUUUUUUCAUAAAUAUGUAUGCAUUGUUUUAUUUAUUUAUUUUAUGUUUACAAUUGGUUAAGAAAAUUUUUUUAUUUUUUUCUUCUUACUUCUGUUGCUUCUCUGAUAACUAAACAUUUAUUCUGUCUCAAUAUGCAUAACUAAAAGAGUUGUGUAAAAGACAAGAGCAGUUAAAGAGAAACUUACUUUGAAGAGAAGAAUAAGCUAUGAAUAUUAAUGAGGCUGAAUAUUAGUGUUUGAAAAGAAAAUCAGCAGGUAGAUUUGUUUCACUUUAAACUAUACAUAUUUUUUUUAAAAAAUCUGCACAAUUCUGUUCCUUGUUUUAGUUUUUUCUCUUAAAUCUGAUAACUUUAAUUUUGGAAUACCCUGUUUUUAAUGUUAUUUUCAUCUCAUUCUUCUUUUCAUAAAGAAAAAUAAGAGAAAAAUCUAUCUUUAUUCUUAAAAAAAAUUUUCAAAUUGUCUGCUGGUUCUCAUUUAUUUUUUUAUAAAUAUAUUUUAUCAUACUAGACAUCUUUUAGAGGUCAUUCAGACUAUAAGAAAAUGCUGCAUGAAAUUGACCUUAAUUAUCAUUACUGUCUAUUCAUUAUUUUUUUAUUGAAUCACGCUAACACAUGUUUUGAUGUGUGCAGGACCUGUUAUUCGGAAAAUCUAUAUUCCGAACUUGAUGAUGUCCCGACAGUUCCAGAUAUGGGACUUUCCACUGUAUAUUUAGAAUUUGUAUGGGUUCUUAAAAUACUUUAAUAAAUUCCUAAUUCAAAAGAAAAUAUUUAAGUCUAUAAAAGGUGAAUCAUUUUCUUAGGUGGUUAGUUUUUUUCUUAUCUACCUUUGGAAUUCUAAAAUGUUUCUAUAAAUGAAAAAAUAUCUAAACAGUUCCAAUAUUAACGCAAAAAAAUAUUUUAUUAUUUCAUAUUUCGAUUUAUGUGUAGGCAUUGCUGUAAAAAAUGGGACAUUGUCUACUGAACUUAUAUUCUUGUAGGCCAGAAAAUUAGUGAAAGUCACUAAAUUUUCUGAAAACAUAAAUGAAGUUUAAAAUCAUUUGAGAAACUAAGUUUAUUUCAUUAUGUGCAAGGAAACUAUCAUUGUAUUAAAGCGGGUGGUUUUGAUACAAAUCUUUAACAUGCUAAUUUAUAAAUGAAACUCCUUUCUGGUAUUGGCCGUGAUAUAUUUUAUGUUUUAUUAGUGUAGAAUUUUAUUAUAAUUUUCAUAAUUAUUGUUAUGGAUAUGAAGCUCUUAUUGGUCUAUCAUAGCAUGAAAAGUUAGUUUGAAAGUCUAUCAGAACUUAUAAUUUAAGAAGAAAAAAUUUCUUUUUUAAAACUAUUUUUAUGAAACAAAAAUGUAUUACUGUUAUAUUGCUGUAUGUUUUAUUGUUGCUGUUGCAAGUUCUUUCGCCAUAAACAUUAGCAGAAAUAAUUAAGAAAUGGUUCAAUUUUUUAAAGAAAAUUAUCAGUUAGAAAAAUAUUUUGUUUAAAUCUGACAGUCUUGCAUGUAAUUUAGCUUGUAUGUUUCCUUUCAGAGCAAAUAAGUUUCUUUUAUAAUUUGAAUUAGUGCAUUUGAGAAAGGCUCUUAGAAAAUUGCUGUUGUGCAAACAAAUACCCGAAGAUAAGUACAGUAAAAACUCAAUAUAAUGAGUAUGGUAUACUGUGAGAUAUCCACUAUUACGAAAAGUCACUAUCAAAAUGUUAAUGUUAUAGACACAAAAAUUUUAUAUUUAUAAUCAGUUAAAGAUUAGUAGCAUUUUGUUAUUCGCGACAAAAAAAAUUGGUGGGAUAAACAUUGCAAUGUGUUUUUCUACUGUUAAAAUUAGCCAAAUUAUAUGAAAAUGGACAAAGUAGAAGACAUUUUUAUUUUUGUCUGGUAUAAAUACAAAAAAGUGAAAAAUGAACAUCAUUUCAUCUUGAUCUCUUCUUCUAUCUUAAUUCUUUAUAUCAAUAAAACAUUUUUGGGUAACCACCAGUCAAGUUAUCUUCCUUUUUACAAGAUAAAAAAUCUUUUGCUAUUUCCAAGAAUCAUGUUCCACGUGGGCCUUUUGUGUGUCACUUAUCUACUAUGGCCUUUUAUUUCUUUUCUUCUCUGAAAUUGAAAUCAAUAUUCUGUGUUACGAAUGUCUGUGUCAAAAACACUAGUACAUUAUAACACUUCUUUUCUAUUGCUAUUUUAACAUUUGUGUAAUUGCUUAUUGUUAUAAGCUCGCUAUAACAAUGAUUCUAUUUUGCUAUAGUGAAUUGACAUUAUGAUGUACUUUUACUGUACUCAUUUUCUGGAAAUUGUUGUAUGGUAUAUAGAGAGUGUUUUAUUUUAAUUGCAUGGAGCUAAUUUCUAAGGAAUAUUCCAUUUAAACAAAGUUUAAAUGAUUAAUUGUUUUUUACAAAUGUUAGUGUUGCUACCUUUUCUUGUGAUUGUAAUCUAAUGAGAGUAAAAAGGGUUUUGAGCUGGGUACUUAUUUAAAAAUUAUCAUUCGUAGAAAAGAAACUUAGAUUUUUAUUUUCUUAUGUUUGAUUUCUUGAGUUAAAAGCUGAAACAGAUAUAUCUCUUACAAAUACUGCUGAAAUAUGAAAGUUGACAUGAAGAAAUAUUCAAAAGUUGAUUAUAUAUUAGAUAUGCAAUCAUGUGAAUAACUAAUACCCAAGAAUGCAUUAAAUUCAAUUUCAUAUCAAUUCAAUUUUGUACUUAAGUAUAAGUUUUACCCUUAAUGUGUUUUGUUUUUUACUCUUGACUGUCUACUCAUUUGAUCACUUUUUAUAAUUUUAAUUUUGUAAUUCUCAACUUCAAAGUUCAUAAGUUAAUGAAAAUCCCCAUUACUUCUUUACCAAAAUUGUUUCGUUUGAAUUAUAGAAACUAAAUAUAAUUUUAAAGGUAAGGGAUUGAUUUUGAUUGUGAAUUUCAAAGUUUUAACUUCAAAUAGAUAUUCUAAAAAUCAAAGAACUUGAAAAACUUUUCAACUGAUUAAAAUAUUAAAUGGAAAAUGUGCAGACAGAAGUUUCCAAAUAAAUACAGUGAAACUUAAACAACUCAGCAUCAUUAGAAACAAAAAAAUAGUUUUGAAAAAUUCAACUAAUUGAAAUUUGAACAAAAUAUUUUAAUAUAUUUUUUCUAUAUAAUAAGAAUGUUUUUUUUUUUCCAAGAACAUACUAAAUAUUGUUAAAAGCAAGUUAAUCAAAAAGUAGGUUUAUUUAGUUAGUUUUCAAAAUAUUUGAAUAGAAUUAAAAUAUUAGAAGCUCAUAACAAAUUUUACACCUGUUUAAAUGUUAAAAUUGCUGAGUGCCAAAGAUUAUUUAUUGUAAUUAAACACUCAGAGAUCUGUCUACAGGUCUCACUCCUAAAACAAAAUUGCUCCUUGAAUAAAAAUAAACCUUGAAGCCUACCCCAUUUCAGAUUAAUGGCUACUAGCUUGUAUGGGAAGUAAAGACUGUUGACAAUGCUGACCACAUAUUCAAAAUCAUACUGCUAGUUACGAAAUUGUGGAGCCAAUCUUUCAUGACCCCCUACUCGCAAUGGAUUGUUACAGGAAUGCUUCACUUUUUUUUUUAAUUUAUUGCCCUGAAAGAAAAAUUGCUGAAAAUCAUUAUAGCCCCAUGGUAUCAUUCAGGAUUUUAUAGUAAGUAGAAAAGUCUCUCUUCCAGUUGUUGGUAUUCAUAAUUAAAAAGAAAGAAUGCAACUACAUUUCUUUUUUCAGUCAAAGCUUAAGAUGGUCAUCUUACUUCUUUUUUAAAAUUGUUAUAAUGAUAAUGAAUGAAGAGAACUUCAAACAGCCUCCAGAAGUUAUUGAUCUUGUUUGUAACUAUUAUUUUUUUUGGUUAGUCUUUCUAUUGUGCACCUUAACUGAUGACUAAAUAAAUAUAAAACUUCUCAACUAAAACUUAAAAUUCUUACAGUUUAUUAUUGCUUGGAAGAAUAGGAGUUGCUAAGUAAAAUUGCAUAUGCAUUGCUAAAUGAAGUUGCUUGAUAUACUUCAUAUUAAUAGUAACGAUUUUUAAUGAAUACUUUUUCUAAAUACUUAAAUUAAAUAAACAUCAAUGCUUCAGAAAAAGUCCUUUUAAAUUCAAUAUUUUUGACUGUAUAAAUUUAUUUAAAGAAAUUACUGGAUGGUAUUUCUCUGGAAACAAAUGUUAACUACCAAAAUUUAAUCUCUUAGCGUGCUUUUAAAUCAUCAAUACAAAAAAUUAAUCAAAUUAUUCACCAUAAUGUUGUAUAGGGUUUUGCUGUUAUGCAGCAAAUGGUAGAAUUCUAAAAGGCCUCUGGUCCAAAAGCUGUGAUUCUUUUAAUUUAAAUGCCAAUUUAAACAGCUGAGAAUGAAAACAAAGAAUUUUCGUAACUUUUUUUAAAAAAAAAAAAAACUUCUUUCCUGAGAAUAAAAGUUUUUUUUUUCCAUCCUUGGCAUUUCUAAUUUGUUUUUGUCCCUUAAAGAAACACCAUGUGAUCAGAGUUUCCAUAGACUGAGAGGCGUAAUAGGCAACACUGGGAGCAAAAAAAAUUUCUGUAAUUUUUAUUUUCUAAGACAGGCAUAGUUGCCAUAUAGCAAUAAAUUUUUAGAACAGGAUGGUUCCUUUUACAAAUGAUACUAUUACAUGAUUUAUCAAUCAUAAAAAAAUUUUCUUACAUUUUUCUAUCAAUCAUGAAUUCACUUUAUCUUUAUAUAUAUAUUACGUAAAAGUAUCUAACAAAAAAUAGGUGGCAGAUUCCCACCCUUAUUGUGCCUUUCAAAAUUAUUCUUAAUUUUACAAUAUUUUAUGUGUGAUUUAAGUUACACUUGAAAUGUAUAAUGAAUGUAUUAAGUAUUAUAGUGUAAGUCUUCAUAAAAACUUUUACAGUAAUGUGCACAUAAUAAUUAAUUUUUCGCUAACUACUGUUAUUUAUUGGUAUAAUAUAGAUUAUGGAGGAAAAUUUAUUUAAACCUAAUACUUCUUUCUUUAAAUUAGUAUGCAAUACCACAGCCUCAACUUUACUCAAGUUAGACAAAUCUUCAUUAAUAAAAAAGAUUUUUGCUUAUAACUGUGAAAAGUAACAUAAUUUAAUAGCUCCUUAGAUCUGAGAAUCUAAAAUGAAUUUUCUUUAUGAAAUUUAAAAAAAAAAAAAAAAUGCAUUCUUUGGCAAAAUGUAACAAUGUUCGAUAUUCUUAAACUAUGUUGUUUUUAUUUUAUAAUGGGAAUUUUUUAUUUGCUUUCCUUAUUUUAAUCUCUCUCUCUCUCUUUUUUUUGUUGUAUGCUUUACAUUUUGACAUUGAAAACUAAGCGACACAUAAUUGUAAUUUAUCCCAUGGCGGCAGAAUAAUAUCCUAUGACAACAUAUGUUCAUUCUAAUUACAAGUUCUGAAUUGUAAAAAUUUCUAAUCUAUGGUGGAAAUGGGUUGUAUGAAAAUGAGUAACACGAAAAGUGUUACUUUAGCAAAACUAAGACAUGGAUAGACAGCCCAUUGCACACAUCCCACAGAAAUUUUGUCUAAACCUGUAAAACCCUUACUACUGAAAUCAUGUUUAAUUUUAGACAUUUGUACCAAUGAGUAAUUUUCCAAAUUUACAUGAUUUGGCUGUCAGAAUUGUAGUAGAUUUCAAUUCAAUGCAUGAUAAAUAUAUUAUCUGUGGUGAACCUAAUGAAACCAAAAUUAACUGAUAUGUGCCUAAAGCACCUAAUUUUGUUACUAUCUUCAAGAACUGGUUCUAAUAUAGAUGAUGUAAUACAACAACCUCCUUAAUUGCUGUUUUAUAUUUUUUUGAGAAUUAAUAGCUUCAAAUUAUUAAUUUUUAUUUUAUAUUUAACCUAAGUGGCUGAACCAAAGAAGGGGAAGAAGGCUAGCUUCUGUAGAUAUAAGGUAAGCCUGUCCCCUCAGGGGUUGAUAUGGCUCCUGAGUAUAAGGGAAAAGUAACAUUUAGGGACACAGCAGCAAUGGUGUUUGAAGCUGGUUUGCACCCAUCUCCCUCCCCCCUCCUUACCACUAUCAGGGAAAGGGAAGAAAAGGAAAGUUUUCUCUUUUUAUUUAUAAUUGGUUUAUUAAUGCAUUUUUUGCACUAUUUUUAAACAGUACUGUACUACUUAUUUAGAUAUUUCUUUGAAAGUUCAUUUUUAUCAUCCAUGUUUAUUAAAUUUGCUGCACGUUUUGCAAUAGAACAAAAUAAUAAAAUGGUGGGAGACAACCUUCUCAGCCAUAGAUAUGUCAGAUGAUAUACUUCCUGGCAAUCUCUUUGCUUUUUGUGCGUAUGCAUUCAAUUUUAGUAUUAUGCUCUGAGUAUGCUGCUCUUGUAAGCUGUUUUUCUGGUGUAGCACAAAUUCCCUUUGCUAAUUAUGUAUACAAAGAGCUAGACUUCUCCCUUCGAUUUUCUUUGAACUUUUUAAAUAUUUGUUAAAACUAAAACCUAAGUUUAUACUGCUGUUUAUGUAUUAUAUUAUUUUUUAAAUCUUGUUCUCAGAGUUACAU